GGGCCCGGCGUUGCCAUGGUAACCGGCAGCAGCAGCCGCCACAGCAGGGCCGGCCCCAGCGCCAGCGCCGGUCGCGGUCGGGCUCAGCUCAGUGUGUGGUGAGCGGCGGCGGCGCGGCCGGGCCGGGGAGCGGGCGCGGCCCGGCGGCCUCAGCAUGGAGGACGGCUUCUCCAGCUACAGCAGCCUGUACGACACGUCCUCGCUGCUCCAGUUCUGCAACGAUGACAGCGCUUCUGCUGCAAGUAGCAUGGAGGUGACAGACCGCAUUGCUUCACUGGAGCAGAGAGUCCAGAUGCAAGAAGACGACAUCCAGCUGCUCAAAUCAGCUCUAGCUGAUGUGGUUCGGCGGCUGAACAUUACUGAGGAACAGCAGGCCGUGCUUAACAGGAAAGGACCUACCAAAGCAAGACCACUGAUGCAGACCCUGCCUUUAAGAACCACUGUCAACAAUGGCACUGUGUUACCAAAGAAACCUACUGGCUCUCUACCGUCCCCCUCUGGGGUCAGGAAAGAAACUGCUGUGCCAGCAACCAAAAGUAACAUCAAGAGGACCAGCUCUUCUGAACGAGUGUCUCCUGGGGGUCGAAGGGAAAGCAAUGGGGAUUCCAAAGGAAACCGGAAUCGCACAGGCUCUACCAGCAGCUCUUCCAGUGGCAAAAAGAACAGUGAAAGCAAACCCAAGGAGCCUGUAUUCAGUGCAGAAGAAGGCUAUGUAAAAAUGUUUCUUCGUGGACGCCCUGUUACCAUGUACAUGCCCAAAGAUCAAGUGGAUUCUUACAGCUUGGAAGCAAAAGUAGAACUUCCAACCAAGAGACUCAAGCUGGAAUGGGUCUAUGGGUACAGGGGUCGAGACUGCCGUAACAACCUGUACUUGCUUCCGACGGGAGAGACCGUCUACUUCAUCGCGUCCGUGGUGGUGUUAUACAACGUGGAGGAGCAACUGCAGAGGCAUUACGCUGGCCACAACGAUGACGUGAAGUGCCUAGCAGUUCAUCCUGAUCGGAUCACGAUAGCAACAGGACAAGUCGCAGGCACAUCGAAGGAUGGAAAACAAUUGCCCCCACAUGUGCGCAUCUGGGAUUCUGUGACGUUGAAUACUCUCCACGUCAUUGGAAUAGGUUUUUUUGACCGAGCAGUCACCUGUAUUGCGUUCUCAAAAUCUAAUGGAGGAACCAAUCUCUGUGCUGUGGAUGACUCCAACGACCAUGUGCUCUCUGUAUGGGACUGGCAGAAAGAAGAAAAACUGGCAGAUGUGAAGUGCUCUAAUGAAGCUGUGUUUGCUGCGGAUUUCCACCCCACGGACACCAACAUCAUAGUUACCUGUGGAAAAUCACAUCUCUACUUUUGGACACUAGAAGGAAGCUCCCUUAAUAAGAAGCAAGGAUUAUUCGAGAAACAAGAAAAGCCAAAGUUUGUCCUCUGUGUGAUUUUCUCUGAAAACGGUGACACCAUUACUGGAGAUUCAAGUGGUAACAUCUUGGUAUGGGGAAAAGGUACAAAUCGAAUAAGCUAUGCAGUUCAAGGAGCCCAUGAGGGUGGCAUUUUUGCACUUUGUAUGUUAAGAGAUGGCACACUGGUGUCGGGAGGUGGGAAAGACCGAAAGCUCAUUUCUUGGAGCGGAAACUAUCAGAAACUUCGUAAAACAGAGAUUCCAGAACAGUUUGGUCCAAUACGGACAGUGGCUGAGGGGAAAGGCGAUGUGAUCUUGAUUGGCACAACUCGAAACUUUGUCCUUCAGGGCACUCUGUCAGGGGACUUCACACCCAUUACUCAGGGUCACACUGAUGAGCUCUGGGGACUGGCCAUCCAUGCCUCAAAACCUCAGUUCUUGACCUGUGGGCAUGACAAGCAUGCCACUCUCUGGGACGCUGUGGGUCACCGUCCCGUCUGGGACAAAAUAAUAGAGGAUCCAGCUCAGUCUUCUGGUUUUCAUCCUUCAGGGUCUGUGGUUGCAGUCGGAACACUCACUGGGAGGUGGUUUGUGUUUGACACAGAAACAAAAGACUUGGUCACCGUUCACACAGAUGGAAACGAACAGCUCUCUGUAAUGCGAUACUCACCAGACGGGAAUUUCUUAGCCAUAGGCUCCCAUGACAACUGCAUCUAUAUAUAUGGCGUUAGUGACAACGGGAGGAAGUACACGCGAGUGGGCAAGUGCUCGGGUCAUUCCAGCUUCAUCACUCACCUGGACUGGUCUGUAAACUCGCAGUUCCUCGUGUCAAAUUCCGGAGACUAUGAAAUCCUCUACUGGGUUCCCUCUGCCUGUAAGCAAGUCGUAAGUGUGGAAACUACGAGAGACAUUGAAUGGGCUACCUAUACCUGCACUUUGGGAUUCCAUGUUUUUGGAGUGUGGCCAGAAGGCUCGGAUGGAACCGACAUCAAUGCCGUCUGUCGGGCCCAUGAGAAGAAACUCCUGUCAACAGGCGACGACUUUGGCAAAGUGCACCUCUUCUCAUACCCCUGCUCGCAGUUCAGGGCUCCAAGCCACAUCUACGGCGGGCACAGCAGCCAUGUCACCAACGUCGAUUUCCUCUGUGAAGACAGCCACCUCAUCUCCACGGGUGGGAAAGACACAAGCAUCAUGCAGUGGCGCGUCAUUUAGUCCCCACCAAGAGCUGUGGGGAGCAGCAUGGGCAAGGAAGACACAGACUCGCAUUACCCUUGGUCACUGUGAUUUCUGUUUUGUUUAAAAAAUUCUUACAAACCUCAGGAAAACUGUGCCCUCCGCCGGCUACCUUAGCUUAGUGCGUCAGCGGGCGCCACAGCGGAUCAACGGUUCCGUGUUCACUUUUGUUGUACGAUAUAUGACACAGUGCACAUUGAAUACCAACAAGGUUCCAACGUUUACAUUAUAGCCACAUCAACAGAAGUAACUGGUAUAUUCUUAGUAACUUUUCUAUGAACUCUUCAAAAAUGGUCACAGAAUGCCUUUUAAAACAUUGUAUAUAAUCUUCACUGUUUCACCAUCUAGCUUGCUAAGUCAAAUAUUUAUGAUGAUAAUGAGGUACUGAACCAUGAUGGCUGUUGAGGAAUUGGUCCUAAAAGGACAGAUCACUUAACAAGAGUGAAUAACUGAUUUGCACAGCUGAAUCAGGAGACGCAAAGAUGAGACUGUAUUUGGUUACAUUUUCCAAAGUUUCAUUACAUUCUCCCUUGGGAGGCUGUGAGAGAGGGCUUGUAUUCCUCCUGUGCUAAGCAGAUUCUACUCCUAAUUGACUUACAUAUUUCAGCAGGGUACAGAGGCGUUUCCAAGUUUCAGGGACACCGUCCUGCCUAACCAGAUGCGGUCAGCCUCUUCACACCCACCUGGCUUGCAUCCCCCAUCCCUUGUUCACACGCCCUGAUUAACGGUGAGACAUUUUGCCACCUUCUUGUGUAUAUUACUUGGCAUGAGAUGAUAUUGUACUUGUAUAGGAUUCUAGCGAUUCAUAAUAAAUAUGUAAGACUAGGCUUUACUGUCUUAUGCUUAUGGACAUUGUAUAUUUGUAUUUUAUGACCAAGUAGACCAAGUCAGAAAGAUCUCUCUCGAGUGCACCAUAAACCUGCAGAGAGCAGUCUCGAAAGGCUCCACCAGGUACCAAGGGCAGCUGCUUUUCCUGUCUUUUGUGCAUGGGCAACUCAUUACAGUAUGAGAUAAGAUUGAGUUCUGAUGUGUUAAACGGAGGUGGCAGAAAUUUGUCAAGAAGGCCUUAUCCAUUUCGAUUGUGUGACAGAUUGAAAUUUAUUGUUUACAUUGGGGAAUGUAUCUCAAAUUUUUAAAUAGAAGAGUAAUAAACAGACUUUAAAGCAAAUAUUAAGAUUUUUACUCAUUCAAGGCAAGUAAAUGAAUGGAAUUAUCUGAGCUCUAUGGCACUGGUUGUUUAGAGUGACUGAUUAAGUGCAACUUUCAGAAACAUUUUUGAUGACAUCACCAGCCUACUGCAGAAGUGCAGGGCACCAGUAAACACCAUGUAUUAUUGAAGAUGAAUCUGUUUGUAUGUAUCCUUGUCAAAUAUAUUCUAUAAUGAAAUAAAAUCUGAAAAGUGGAUUUCUUAUUGACCUA